AUGGUGGUCCAUGAGCAGCUUCAUGAUGGGGAGAAGCCCUACAAGAGCUUGGAGUGUGGGAAGAGCUUCAGGCAGAGCAGCACCCUGAUCAGCCACCAGAUGAUCCACACUGGGAAAUGGGUCUGUGAGUGUGGGGAAUGUGGGAAGGGCUUCAGCUGCAGCUCAAAACUUGUCAGGCAUCAACGCAUCCACACUGGGGAGAGGCCCUACGAGUGUCCUGAGUGCCAGAAGAGGUUUCACACCAGCUCCAAUCUCCUCCAGCACCAGCGGAUUCACACAGAUGAGAGGCCCUUCCACUGCUCUGACUGUGGGAAGAGCUUCAAGUACAACUCCUACCUCAUGAAGCACCAGCACAUCCACACUGGGGAGAGGCCCUACGAGUGUCCCCAGUGUGGGAAGAGGUUUCACAUGAGCUCCAAUCUCCUCCAGCACCAGCGGAUUCACACGGAUGAGAGGCCCUUCCGCUGCUCUGACUGCGGGAAGGGCUUCAACCGCAACUCCCACCUCGUCACCCACCAGCGUAUCCAUACUGGGGAGAGGCCCUACGAGUGUCCCCAGUGUGGACAGAGCUUCAGCCAGGGAUCGGAGCUGGUGGUCCAGGAGCAGCUUCAUGAUGGGGAGAAGCCCUACAAGUGCUUGGAGUGUGGGAAGAGCUUCAGGCAGAGCAGCACCCUGAUCCGCCACCAGAUGAUCCACACUGGGGAAUGGCCCUAUGAGUGUGGGGAGUGUGGGAAGGGCUUCAGCUACAGCUCAGAACUCGUCAGGCACCAACGCAUCCACACUGGGGAGAGGCCCUAUGAGUGUCCCCAGUGUCAGAAGAGGUUUCAGACCAGUUCCCAUCUCCUCCUGCAUGAGCGGAUUCACACAGAUGAGAGGCCCUUCCGCUGCUCUGACUGCGGGAAGGGCUUCAACCGCAACUCCAAUCUCAUCAGACACCGGCGCAUCCACACUGGGGAGAAGCCCUACCAGUGUCCCCAGUGUGGGAAGAGGUUUCACAUGAGCUCCAAUCUCCUCCAGCACCAGCGGAUUCACACGGAUGAGAGGCCCUUCCGCUGCUCUGACUGCGGGAAGGGCUUCAACCGCAACUCCAACCUUGUCACCCACCGGCGUAUCCACACUGGGGAGAGGCCCUACGAGUGUCCCCAGUGUGGACAGAGCUUCAGCCAGGGAUCAGAGCUGGUGGUCCAUGAGCAGCUUCCUGAUGGGGAGAAGCCCUACAAGUGCUUGGAGUGUGGGAAGAGCUUCAGGCACAGCAGCACCCUGAUCAGCCACCAGAUGAUCCACACUGGGGAAUGGGCCUACGAGUGUGGGGAAUGUGGGAAGGGCUUCAGCUGCAGCUCAGAACUUGUCAGGCAUCAACACAUCCACACUGGGGAGAGGCCCUACGAGUGUCCUGAGUGCCAGAAGAGGUUUCACACCAGCUCCCAUCUCCUCCAGCACCCGAAUUACACAGAUGAGAGGCCCUUCUGCUGCUCUGACUGUGGGAAGAGCUUCAAGUACAACUCCUACCUCAUGAAGCACCAGCGCAUCCACACUGGGGAGAAGCCCUACGAGUGUCCCCAGUGUGGGAAGAGGUUUCACAUGAGCUCCUGUCUCCUCCAGCACCAGCGGAUUCACACAGAUGAGAGGCCCUUCCGCUGCUCUGACUGCGGGAAGGGCUUCAACCGCAACUCCCACCUUGUCACCCACCAGCGCAUCCAUACCAGGGAGAGGCCCUACGAGUGUCCCCAGUGUGGGAAGAGCUUCAGACAGAGCUCUCAUUUGAGCAGACACCAACACAGUCACCAGUAAGGGAAGACAUGCAAAUGCUGCAACUGCAGGAAGAGCUUUGUCCAGAGCUCGGAGCUGGUGGUCCAUGAGCAGCUCCAUGAUGGGGAGAAGCCUCACAAGUGCUUGGAGUGUGGGAAGAGCUUCAGGAGGAGCUCCAGCCUGAUUGUGCACCAGAGGAGCCACACUGGGGAACGGCCCUACGAGUGUGGUCAGUGCAGGAAGAGGUUUCAGAGCAGCUCCGGUCUCCUCCUGCACCAGCGCACGCACACAGAGGAGAGGCCCUUCCGCUGCCCCGACUGCGGGCAGGGCUUCAGGCGGAACGCCCAUCUUGUCAGGCACCGGCUCAUCCACACUGGGGAGAGGCCCUACGAGUGUGAGGAAUGUGGGAAGAGCCUCAGGCAGAGCUCCACCCUGAUCCAGCACCAGAGGACCCACACUGGGGAAUGGCCCUACGAGUGUGGGGAGUGUGGGAAGAGAUUCGGACAUCGCGCCAACCUGAUCGUGCACCAGAAGAUCCACACUGGGGAGAGGCCCUACGAGUGUUCCGAGUGUGGGAAGGGGUUUCGGAUUAGCUCUGAUCUCCUCCAGCACUAUCAGAGUCACACAGAGGAGAGGCCCUUCUGCUGCCCCGACUGUGGGAAGGGAUUCAAGCGCAACUCCACCCUCGUCACCCACCGGCGCAUCCACACUGUGGAGAGGCCCUACGAGUGUCCCCAGUGUGGGAAGAGCUUCUCCAGCAGCUCUACAUUGACCCAACACCAACGGAGGCACCGGUGAGGGAAGCCCUGCGAGUGCCCCGAGUGUGGACAGAGCUUCAGCCAGAGCUCAGAGCUGGUGGUCCAUGAGCAGCUUCCUGAUGGGGAGAAGCCCUACAAGUGCUUGGAGUGUGGGAAGAGCUUCAGGCAGAGCAACACCCUGAUCCGCCACCAGAUGAUCCACACUGGGAAAUGGCCCUAUGAGUGUGGGGAGUGUGGGAAGGGCUUCAGCUGCAGCUCAGAACUUGUCAGGAAUCAACGCAUCCACACUGGGGAGAGGCCCUACAAGUGUCCCCAGUGUGGGAAGAGCUUCAGACAGAGCUCUCAUUUGAGCAGACACCAACACAGUCACCAGUAAAGGAAGACAUGCAAAUGCUGCAACUGCAGGAAGAGCUUUGUGCACUGCUCCAAC